AUGUCCAAGGGAACGCGCUUUGUCACCAUCGCGAUCCCCGCGGUGGUCGCAUACCUCCUUAUGCUCAUCAACGUCCUGCCCGUCCCGUUCGUGUCGGCUGAGACGGCCGACCAGAUCUUGCCAGUGAUCCCCUGGUGGCUGCUCGUCGCGUUUGGCGCCUUCUCACUCACCUCGCUCGGCCUCGGCCUCCUCCGCUUCCACGACACGCCCGAGGCGUACGAGAGCCUCCUGGCCGAGAUUGCCCAGGCCAAGAACGAGCUGCGGGACCAGGGCGUCGAGGUCGACUAG